GGUGAGGGUAACGAUGUUGUUGUCAUCAAUGUUCAAAGCACUGCUGGUACUGAUGAUGCCAAGUUUUAUGCUCCUGCUGAUGGUCAACCUGGUGAAAUGGACAUGUUCCGUUUCACUACCACUACGCCCAACCGCGACGGUGGUCUUGACAACGUCAUUCCUAUCCACGAGUAUGUGCAUGGUAUUUCCAAUCGGUUGACGGGUGGAGCUGCCACGACCCAAUGCUUGGAAGCUCUUGAAUCGGGUGGUAUGGGUGAAGGCUGGUCCGACACAAUUGCCAUGUAUCUUACUUCAAAAAAAACGGAUGUUGCCACAACCCCUAUUGUCAUGGGCGCUUAUGCCACUGGAGAUGCUUCUGGUAUUCGUUCCCAUCCUUACACUACGGAUAUCAAGGUCAAUCCCUUGACCUAUGCCGAUCUCCAAACACGCGAUGAAGUCCACGAUAUUGGUGAAGUGUGGGCAGUCAUGCUUUGGGAAGUCUACUGGAACUUGGUUGCCAAGAAUGGAUUCUCUACCGAUCUUUACAAUGCCAAAGGCAAGGCUGGUAACAUUAUUGCUCUGCAGAACGUGAUUGGAGGCAUGAUGAUCCAGCCAUGCAAUCCCACUUUCCUCGAUGCUCGUGAUGCCAUCAUUGCAUCAGAUGCUGCUCGCUACAACGGAGCCAACAAAUGUGAGAUCUGGAGAGGAUUCUCCAAACGUGGUAUGGGACCCAAUGCAAGAAACCAU